UGAACAUGCAGGCUAGUUCAACCCAAAGUUCAACCCUCUUUUUCUUUAUCAAACUCCUACAGUCCUUGAGGCUCUUAGUAUGCCAUUGCUCUUUGAUACCAACAUGAGGUUCAAAUUCCCAUUUGUGGCCAUAGGUUUGCAGAUUUCCAUGAUCAUUUUAUUUGGAUUUUUUGUUGACUAUGAAAAUAAUGUCCAGCAGAAUUACAACUCCACUCAGCCUGACAGAUUCCUUGAGCUAUACCCUUUGUUCCAGGAUGUUCACGUUAUGAUCUUCACGGGCUUUGGCUUCCUCAUGACUUUUCUGAAGAAAUAUGGCUUUAGCAGUGUGGGGAUCAACCUGCUGAUUGCUGCCUUGGGUCUGCAGUGGGGCACCCUCACACAGGGGUUAUUACACCAUCAUGAGAAAUUUUACAUUGGCAUCAAAAACAUGAUAAAUGCAGACUUCAGUACAGCCACAGUUUUGAUUUCCUUUGGAGCUGUCCUAGGCAAAACAAGCCCAGUCCAGAUGUUAAUCAUGGUGAUUUUUGAAAUCGCUGUCUUUGCAGUAAAUGAACAUCUUGUUGGUACGAUACUGAAGGCCACUGAUACUGGGGCAUCAAUGACCAUUCACGCCUUUGGAGCUUAUUUUGGAUUAGCCGUAGCAGGUGUCUUAUAUCGGCCAGGUCUCAAGAAAAAAGGGCAUGACAAUGAAAAGUCUGUGUACCACUCAGAUUUGUUUGCUAUGAUUGGCACGCUUUUCCUUUGGAUGUUCUGGCCCAGUUUUAACUCUGCAAUUGCUGAUGCCGGAGAACACCAGUAUAUGGCAAUUAUAAACACAUAUUUCUCAUUAGCUGCCUGUGUGCUCACUGCCUUUGCAUUCUCCAGCCUUGUCGACCAUCAUGGAAAACUUGAUAUGGUUCAUAUUCAAAAUGCAACUCUUGCAGGAGGAGUAGCUGUGGGUUCCUGUGCAGACAUGGAAAUCCACCCCUUUGGUGCUAUGAUAAUUGGUGCCAUUGCUGGGAUUGUCUCUGUCCUUGGAUACAAAUUUCUGACACCAUUUUUUACCAACAAACUGAGGGUUCAUGACACAUGUGGUGUUCAUAAUUUGCAUGGCUUACCUGGAGUGAUUGGGGGUGUUGCAAGCAUUGUGGCAGUAGCCUUGGGAGUCACUAAGAAGACCACCCUCGCUAUGCAGGCAGCUGCCCUAGGUACUUCCCUAGGAACUGCAAUUGUUGGAGGACUAUUAACUGGUUUAAUUCUAAAGAUACCCAUAUGGGGAGAACCACCUGACCAAGAAUGCUAUGAUGAUUCUGUUUAUUGGGAGGUUCCUGAAGAAGAAUAUGACCAUACUUCCAUGGUAAUGGUGAUCACAGCCGACUAGAGCCAAAGACCUAAAAAUAAAAACAAUUCCAUAUUCUUUUAUCUAAUUUUCUCCCAGAAUACUCUUUUUGUUUAAAAAAAAAAAAGCAACAUCCAGAUAAUAUUUCAAAUUUGCAACACAGACAAUAAUGAACAGAUUUUAUGUCCCAAAUGUCUGUGGAAUUUUGGCUACCUUACUAAUCUUCCAACUUUCAUGACUCCGAUACAUCCUCUCCAUGACUACCACUGGGCAUAGACAGUUCAGAAUGGGUUUUCCUAUUCAAAAUAUUGCCAAAAUUAAGGAUUCCCAAGUGUUUCAAGUAUAAAGACAGCUUUAAGCAUUUUUUUAAAAAAUUUACCUCCUAAUGAUUUAUAGUUAUUAUCUGUUAAUCUGUAAAAAUACAUGACAAAAGGCUACUAUUUAUUCAGUAGGAUUUUUAAAUAAACGUAUUUUAUUCAUCACAAAA